CGUGCAUAGUCAAAGGAGCGAAAAGCAAAAUGUGUCAAUGACAAUGACAAAAGUGGAAGUGGGACGUUUUUCGUUUAAAGAUUUCGACUUUUCGUCACGUCAACAAUCAACAUACUACAGAAAUAUAGCACACACAUAUCAGUAAUUUAAUUAGGAAUAAGCAUACGUUCUUCUACAAAACAAUAUUACUUAGUUAAUUUCCUGUUGAGACUUAGUUCAAUGGUGCCAUAAUUCUUAUGUCCUCGACCCUUGUCACCUUGUCUUUGCAAAUUAUUGUUGAUUGAUCGAGUUCACAAUAUUAUUGCGCGGGCAUUAUGAUUAAGUAUUUAUAAUGUUUCAUAUUUUAUUCAUAGUAUAACAUUAUAUGGUCGGGAACCGUUGUUUUGUGCUUGAAUCGUGUUAGAAUUUACAUAUAGACGCUAGUGUUUAUUUUCUGUCGGCGAUAGCGUUCGAAUUGCAACUGAAAAUGUUUUCUAAACUGCCGAAAUCAUGCGAUACGUUCGUUGUACUGCCGCCGUUGACCAAAAACAAUUUAGUGGUGUUUGGAAAGAACUCAGAUCGUCCACAGCAUGAAGUACAGGAAGUGGUUCUAAUAAAGGGUGGAAUCAGGGAUCCAAAACUCAAGUGUACUUAUAUAACCAUAGAGGAGAGUUCCGCGCCAGUGAACACAGUCAUUCUAAGUAAACCUGCAUGGAUGUGGGGAGCUGAGAUGGGGGCUAAUGACAAGAACGUGGUGAUCGGCAAUGAAGCCGUGUGGACCAAUAAUAAUGAAGGAGAGGGUGAUGCUAGACCUAAACGCCUGUUGGGCAUGGAUUUAGUGCGACUAGGUUUAGAGAGAGCAGAUACGGCAGAAGCAGCAUUGGAUGUUAUUACUUCUCUUCUUGAGAAGUAUGGUCAAGGAGGACCAUGCUCUGAGCAUGAUGACAGUCACUUCUAUCACAACUCGUUCUUAAUCGCUGACCCCAAAGAGGCUUGGGUUCUUGAAACCAGUGGCAAACUGUGGGCUGCUGAAAAAUUAAAAAGUGGCUACAGAAAUAUUUCUAAUGGGCUCACAAUAACUACCAAAAUUGAUAAACAGUCUGAAAAUUUGUUGGAGAAAGCUAAGCGCAUGGGCCUGUGGGAUGGUCAAAGUGAAUUCAACUUCACAAGAUGUUUUUCAUCGGGUGGUGAUGAACUGAGGCAGCAAGAAGGAGAGAGGUUGUUAAAAGAGGCAAGUGUGUCAUCUGCAUUUGAAGUAAGGGACAUGAUGAAUAUUUUGAGACAUAAGGACAGCCGUAUUUGCAGAAGUUGUGAUGACACUUUUCCUACUCAAGGAAGUCAGGUUUCAUGUAUCUCAGGGACAGGCAUAAGUGUGCAUUGGUUCACUGCCACACCAGAUCCGAGUGUGUCAUAUUUCAAGCCUUUUGUAUUUACCCAGAAGGCCCAAGCCUCUCCACAUAUGGUCAGCCCUGAUGAGCCACUUAGAGAACAUCUCCUAUAUAAACUACAUAAAGAAAACAUUGCAAAGGGGGACAACGAAAAACUAACCAAGAGUCUCCAAAAAUAUGAAGAGGAAUAUAUUGAAAAAAUGGAAAAGUAUUUAAAUAAUCUCCCUGCCGGCCAAAACACUGUUGAUGAUCUUGACAAUCUACUCAAAGGCUGUGUGGAGACUGAAUUGAGCUUGUAUAAAUAAUAAUUAAUCUCUUGUGUCAAUUUAUAAAACAAAGGCCUUGUUUGAUCUUUGCUUGAUAGGAAUUAGCUAAUAGAUUAAUCCAUAUAAUUAGAGCGAAACUUGUAUGGCUUUAUGUGGCUGUUAAGCCUGUAUUUAUCCAAGUUCGUGAAAUAGCCACGUAUUCUAAAAAUGAGUAGCCAAAAUUUAAGUCUGAAUGACCGCAAAUAACUUACGUAUGUAUG